AGUACUGAGUAUUUUUUUUUUGUUUUACUAAACCUUUUUCAAAUUAUUUUAUUUGUGAAUAAAUUAAUAUAACCUUUAUGUGAUUCUAUUUGUGAUAUAUGUAGUUGUGAUAUAUUUGACAGUAGAGAGAUUUGUGGACGUGAAGAUGUAUUUAACUUUACACUUAGUACUUUAUUCUAUUUCAAUAAAUAUUGUGUACUUAAUACAACUAAAGGAUAUUAAUGUCCCACCUGAACAUAUGGGAUACAUAUUUAAUUUAUUUCCUAGCCUAGCUGAAAGUUGUAAAGUUGAUUCUAAUUGUGUAUAUAAAAAUAUUAUUGAACACAAAUCUUGUUGGGGUUAUGAACCUGGAUGCAAUAAGAAUGUCUCUUACCAUGUCAGGCCUCGCUGCCCUGGCGAUCACAGAGGAUGGGUAAAGACAAAAAAGGCCCAGUAUGACACAUUUUAUACACAAGCAGAUUUUGGUUAUGUUAAAGAUCAGAUUGAAGAACUACAAGUGAUGUGUGAAGCAUCAUAUCUUCAUGACAGUUCAUUAGAAUGUUCAAAAUAUUUAAGGUUCUGUAGAGGAAGAAAUUUAAUGCUGAAUUUUACAGGUUUAAUUGGCAGAGGUGAUAACUUGCGUUAUAAAAUGGAUAUUUUAUCUGAAGGACAAAUUGGUGGUUAUUGUAAUUACUAUGAAGACAGGCUCAAAGCUGAAGCAGAACAUAUGAGUGCUCUACAAUCAUGGGCUCCGGAAAUGGUGAAUUUUAUCAAAACUCCUUAUAGACCAAUCUUUGAUGAGAAAUGUGAUAUUGUUAUUGAGAAACCAACAUAUAUAAUGAAAUUGGAUGCAACUGUGAAUAUGUACCAUCACUUUUGUGACUUCUUCAACCUUUAUGCAUCACUUCACGUCAAUUCCACACAUCCAUCCACUUUCACUAAAGACAACCAUAUUCUUAUUUGGGAGACUUUUACUUAUGAUUCCGCUUUCAAAGAUGCAUUCAAAGCAUUCACAUCAAAUAAGAUUUGGGAUUUGAAAAAAUUUCGAGGAAAAAUAGCAUGCUUUAGAAAUGUUGUCUUUCCACUUUUGCCUAGAAUGAUAUUUGGGUUGUAUUAUAACACACCUUUGAUAUAUGGUUGCGAAAGAAGUGGUUUGUUCCAUGCAUUUUCUAAACAUUUAUUGCACUCUUUAGAUAUCAAACCUCAAAUCCGAAGCAAUGAUAAGAUAAGGGUUACAUUACUGUCUCGAGGAACAACAUAUAGAGCCAUACUUAAUGAGAAGGAGAUAGUUGAAGCGUUAGUCAAAGUGAAAGGUUACCAUGUGCAACGGGUAGUGUAUGACAGAACAGUACCAUUCACUGAGCAGUUAGAGAUAACGCAUAAUACGGAUGUGUUUAUUGGUAUGCAUGGUGCUGGAUUAACUCAUCUUCUCUUUUUACCUGAUUGGGCUGCUGUGUUUGAAGUAUACAACUGUGAGGAUCCUAACUGUUACUCGGACUUAGCCAGACUCCGUGGUCUUAAAUAUGUAACCUGGGAGAAGAAGAAUAAACUUACACAACAAGACAAGGGUCAUGGACCGGGCGGUGCUUCUCACGCUAAAUUCACCAACUAUUCCUUCGACGUGGUGGAGUUCUUAAGGCUUGUGGAGGUUUGCGCGGCGCAUGUCAGGUCGCGGAAGGAUUUCAAGAAUUUCAUCGAAGCAUCUACAAAGAAGGCACUACACGAAGAACUAUAGGAAUUAGUAAACAGUUUUUGUACAGUUUCCGACCUCUGAAACGCAGUAUUUGAUUGUGAAACUAGCGAUUGCUCGCGACUUCGUUGGCGUGAAAAUAAAAAAAUAGCUUAAGUUAUUUCCGCACACGUAAGCUACCUUCCAGUUAAAAUCCCUGUAAAAUUGGUUCUCGGAGAUUAACCGGAACAAACGAGGAUUAGCAGACGGACAUACGACCAGAUAACCAUUUUAAUAGUUGGAUUUCCUUUAUAAGCAACGUAAAUACAUCAUGUUGGCGAAUUUUGAUUUCGAUAUUACACACAGUCAAUCCUCUUUUAUUAAUUGUAUAGAUCUAAAUCAGUGAUAUUUUUAUAAGAUCGUGUUUUUUAUAUUUAGUUCCUUAAUACUCAAAUAGAUCGAAUCAUGAAUUUAGCAUUUUCAAGGUGCCAUGUUGUAUAAUUUUUUUUAACUUAUAAUUUGUUCAUUUAAGCAAAAUAAUGAUUUACUAAACUUCAUAAUUUCAAUGAUAAUUUAAAUAAUGAGUAAUAAAGGUUAAAUUGAAAUAUUUUAUUAAUUAAAAUUUACUUUAAAAAAAUUAAGCACUAAAACUUAAACGAAGUAAUUGACGUCGUAUAAUCUCAGCGUAUGUGAAAUAAUAAUUUUACUUAAAUACAAAGUUUAAGACCUAAUUGCGCCUAUAAAUUAAAUUGAAAUUAAUAAAAAA